AUGUCCAACACUCUCAAAGUCUUGUUCGGCCUUGCGCCUCUUGCGGCAGCUUUCCCUGCUAGCGUUCUGGAAGCUGUCAAGUUCCAUCCAGGUCUCCAGGCUCGUGCCAACGAGAUUCUUCAAGAGAGACAAGCUGGUGCCGCUGCUGCUCAGGCCAUUUUCGAGCCAAUUCCCCUGUUCAACGCGGCGGAGCAGUAUGUCAAUAUCAGUGCUGGCAGCGGACAUGAAUAUCAGGCACCAGGACCGAACGAUCUGCGCGGUCCUUGUCCUGGAUUGAACGCGUUUGCAAACCACAACUUCCUGCCACACAAUGGCUAUGCUACCAUCCAACAAUUCAUCGACACCACCGCGGAAGUUGUGGGCAUGGGCACUGACCUCGCCGCCUUCCUCGCAAUGAUUUGCAAUGCUGAACAAACCAGGUAUGAGGGUGAUGCCUCGCCGACACGCCCCGAUCUGUACGAAGCGGGCAACGACUACAAGACUGUCGCCAGACAAUUUGAGCAACUCAUCAGCAUGUCACCCGGCGGCCAGGUGACCCUUGAUAGUCUUACUGCGUUCCGCUCAGUAAGAUUCGACACCCAGAUUGCCAACAACCCUUACUUCUUCAACGGUCCAUUCACUGGCGUGUUGGUGCAGCCCGCAGCUUACACGUUCAUCUACCGCUUCAUGGCGAACCACUCGGCUGAAGCCCCAUACGGCGAUCUGAGCUACAGCACGAUUGCUUCCUGGUUUGGCAUGACCGGCUCACCGGGCUCGUACGUGGCCAACCAAGGUCAGGAGAGGAUUCCCGACAACUGGUACAAACGCGCACUCGCAUACCCUUACUCGAUCCCCUAUUUCCAACAAGACGUUUUGUCUGCUGCGGCUCUCCACCCCAAAUUCCUCAACAUUGGUGGAAACACCGGCACAACCAACUCCUUCACCGGCGUCGAUGUCGACAACCUCACCGGGGGCAUCUUCAACGCUGCAGACUUGCUCAAGGGCAACAAUGCAGCUUGCUUCGCUUACCAGUUCGCUGCUCAGGCCAAGCCCGAUAUUGCGCUCAGCGUGUUCAACCUGGUGAACCAGGCAUUGGGAAGUGUUUUGAGCGUUCUGGGCUGCCCGCAGUUGCAGCACAUUGAUGAUGCUCAGUUGGAAAUGUUCCCUGGAUACCAGAAGAGCACGCAGGCUGGUAUUACCAAGUAG